UGCGGUUACAUGACGGGUGGCGAGCGCCUCUAAAAUUUGUGGUCCCAAGGAUCCAAGCACUAUAUAUUUUGUGCUGGCAGCGUUUCUCUUCCUCCCAUCUCAUUCCAUCUCUCCAUAUACUUACACCCACUUUGUACUGUGAAUCCUCAUGUCUAACAACAUCCGUAAACUCGAUCGUCGAGCAGUAUUCAAAAGUUUGGCUAAACGUCUGAGCACUCUAGAGAAUUUUCUGUAUGCUACGGACGAAAUAAUGGGAUUCGAUCACUCGGAAGACUGCGAAUUGCAGCCCUACGGGGAAAAGAUCAUCGCUCUGACAGAGGUGGCGCGCCAGACUCUAAGAGAGAAAAUGGGUGUGUCCCUGCUCAUGAUUUGUCCGGAGGAACAUGUGCCUUACAAGGCGGCGUACUGCAAAUUGCUUAUCUGGAUUAGACACCGCAGGUCCGCAUUCCCUACUCACAUAGACGAUCGAAUCAAUUCGCUCUUGGAUAAUAUAAACCACAAUAUGGUCGUACGUACCAGAGGAAUUGACCCUCGCGCCCAAUUGGGUAUCGAGGAAUUACUGAUCGUCAAGAAACCACGAGCCGCUUGUGACAGCACCUUCGAUACUGCUGCUGUCUCGUCGACACGAGAAUCGUGCACCAGCUGUUCAGAAAUGGGCGCCUCCUUUUCCUCGAAGGCCGUUUGUUCGCGGAUUUUGUACGAAAGCCCAACGCUUUGAGGUUGGCACUAGGAAUCAAUCAUCAAGUUGAUAUUCCUUUCAAGCGUUCUUACCUGGACCCAACGGCUACCGCACUGUACUUCAAAUCACAACCCUCAUCUGCUUCUUGUCGUCAUGAAUAUGGAAUCCAUCCACGCACUCAGUGAUAUAUGUAGUGAAAGA